GGGGCGGACGCUGGGCACCGGACCAGGAGUGAAUUCGGUUUGUACUGCUGGGUGGCUCGAAACGAUGCCUUCCUAGUUUAAACUGCACCAGCCUACCCGGGUGAGCCGGAGGAAAAAGAGCAAAGCGUGUAUUUCUGAAGAGAUGCAUGCAAGGAAGUUGAUUUCAUUGAUACUUUUCAAGAAGCGCUCUCCAAAUAAACCUCCUGACUCCGCGCCACCGGUGAAUUUAAUAUACACAAUGUUUUUUGUGCAGAAUGGAGAGCUACGAAGAGUUCUGCAAAGCUUAUCUUGAUCAAAUCAAAGCCAAGGUCAUGAUGGAGGGAAGUUCACUGCCAGCAGCAAGCUCCGGAGACUCUUUGAUUCGGUUCCAUGGUGUCGCCAUACUUUCACCUAUGGCAAGUGAUCAUGGGCUUGCCAUGAGGUUUAAUUAGUUCCUUGUUUAUUUGUAGAUUUAAUUGACUUGUGUUCAGAAAUGUUUGAUUGCAGUGUUAUUAUCCUAUUAUAAUCAUGAAUAACAAGAUGUUUGAAAUAAAGAGAAUAUUUGUCAGUUUAUUUAAAAGUUACAGUAAUUCCCUGCUACCUAUUACUAUAAGACAUAGGAGCUGAAUCAGGCUCUUCAGCCCACUGAGUCUGGUCUGCCAAUCAAUCAUGGCUGUUUUUUUCAACUCCAUUCUUCCAUCUUCUCUCCAUAACUCUGAACCCCUUUACCAAUCAAGAACCUAUCAAUUUCUGUCUUACGUACACCCAAAUAAAUUAGCCUCCACUGCCUUCUGUGGCAGCAAAUUUGACAAAUUCCCUAAUAUCUAACUGAAGGAACUCCUCAUCUCAGUUUUAAAGCGACAUCUCUUUAUUAUGCAGCUGUGCCCACUGAUUAUUGACUGUCAUACUAAUGGAAGCAUCCUCUCCUUGUCCACCCUGUCUCGAUAUUUCAAUAUCCAGUAGGUUCCAAUUCUGAAUUCCAAUGUGCACAAUCCCUGAGAUAAUCAGAUGUUCCUCAUUGGUUAUGCCUUUCAUUCUUGUAAAUCCUCUCUGAAUCCUCUUCAGGGCCAGUACAUCUUUCCUCAGAUACAUGUUCAAAAUCGCUUACAACAUUUCAAAUGCUUCAGCAAGCCUCAGCAACACAUCCUUGCUUUCGUGUUCUAGCCCUCUCGAAAUGAAUGCUCACAUUGCACUUGCCUUCUUUACCGCUGACCAAACCUGCAAGCUAACUUGAAGGGAAUCCUGAAUCUUUCCGUCUCCAAUUUCUGAAUUCUUUCCCCAUUUAGAAAAUCGGCCCCGUCUUUAUUAUUCCUACCAGAUUCAGGUUUCUUUAUCACGUGCAUUGAAGCGUACAGUAAAAUGCGUAAUUUGCGUUAAUGGCACCCAUGUGGCUUCACAAGUUCCAGCAGGAACCUAGCAUGCCCACCAUGCUUGGCAGAACCACACAGCACCCAACACAACAGAACAUACUAAGCAACAAAGCAACUUCCCUGAGGACAAACUGUUCGAUGCAAUUUUCCCUCUGCAGCCCAGUCUCAAAUGGAACAAAAGGGUGUGUUUGCUCAUAAUUUUCUUUUAGUUCUGUGUGUAUUUUAAGCUCUUUUACCUUUACGGUUUAGCUUCAAGUUUUCAAAUGGUCUUAAUAGAUUAUGAAUGUCUAAAAAAUGUAUGAGGGCCGCACAGUUAGUGUAACAGUAUUAUGGCGCCAAUGGCCCAGGUUCAAUCAUGCCACCAUUAAGGAGCUUGUACAUCCUCUCCAUGACCGUGUGUGUUUCCUCCCACCUUCCAAAGUCAUAUGGAUUAGGGUUAGCAAAUUGUGGACAUGCUGUGUUAGCGACACUGCCCCCAACGCAUCCUUGACAGAAGACGCAAACAAUGCAUUUCACUGUAGUGUCGAUGUUUUCAUGUACUUGGGACAAAUAAAGCUAAUCUUUACGAACAGAAAAGAAUCUUGAUGAUUUUCAGAAACGUCGGGGCCUGACAAAUUUUAAUCACCUUUGAGGACAUAAGACCAUAAGAUAUAGGAGCAAAAGUAGGCCAUUUGGCCCAUCCAGUCUGCUCUGCCAUUCAAUCAUUGAUGAAAACAUUGUAUUAGAUAGCACAGGUACUUGCUGAGGUAGAGCCAGUUGUCUCUUUAGCUUUUGGUUGUUGGAAGAAAAUUUAUUUAGACGUUGCUGUCUGCAGCAGGUGUUUUGCUCUAGAUCGUGAAAUCUAGCCCAUUGAUUAAUUUUAUUAACUUUUCAGAAUCUAGGUGCUGCUGGCAGAAGAGUAAUUGUUACUCAUCCCAAAUUGUCCUCAUCCUUGAUCUCCUGCACUAUCUCUUGUGAAUGUGUUCUCACUGUGCUGUUGAGUAGGAGCUUCCAGGAUUUAGACCCAGUAAAUAAACAAUGAUCUCUUUCCAAAUCAAGAUGGCAUUUUCAAGAUGGCCGUCAAGAGGGGAACCUGCAGCUGAUGGUGUUUCCAUGCAGCAGUUGCCCGUCUGGCUGAUGACAGGGGUUGUGGAAUUAGAGGGGACCAUCAAAUACUAAUGACUGGCUGUAAAGAUAAUUACUUACUGUCUGAUACAGAAAUAAACUUAGGAGAAAGGGCAGCAGAAUGGUGUAGGAAGUAGAGUGAUUGUCUCGCAGCUCCUGCAUCUCAGGUACAGUCCUGACCUCCCCGUUGCUGUCUGUGUGGAGUUUGCAUGUUCCUUUUGAAUGGAGGUCGGUGACCAGUGGUGUUCUGCAGGUAUCUGUUCUGGGACCACUCUUCUUUGUGAUUCUUAUAAAUGACCUGGAUGAAGAAGUAGAAGGGUGGGUUAGUAAGUUGUCUGAUAACACAAAGGUUGGGGGUGUUGUGGAUAGUCUGGAGGGUUGUCAGGAGUUACAGCGGGACAUUGAUAGGAUGCAAAACUGGACUGAGAAGUGGUAGAUGGACUUCAACUCAGAUAAGUGUGAAGUGGUUCAUUUUGGUAGGUCAAAUUUGAAGACAGAAUAUAAUGUUAAUGGUAGACUCUUGGCAGAGUGGAGGAUCUGAGAGAUCUUGGAGACUGUGUCCAUAGGACACUCAAAGCUGCUGCGCAGGUUGACUCUGUGGUUAAGAAGGCAUACGGUUGGCAUUCACCAACCAUGGGAUUAAGUUCAAGAGCCGUGAGGUAAUGUUACAGCUAUAUAAGACCUUGGUCAGACCCCACUUGGAGUACUGUGUUCAGUUCUGGUUACCUCACUACAGGAAGGAUGUUGAUACUAUAGAGAGAGUGCAGAGGAGAUAUGCAAUGACGUUGCUUGGAUUGGAGGGCGUACCUUAUGAGAAUAGUUUGAGUGAACGUUGCCUUUUCUCCUUGGAGUGACAGAGGAUGAGAAGUGAUCUGAGAGAGGUGCAUAAGAUGAUGAGGGGCAUUAUGAGGGCGUGUGGAUAGCCAGAGGCUUUUUCCCGGGGCUGAAAUGGCUAACACGAGGGCGCAUAGUUUUAAGAUUGCUUGGAAGUAAGUACAAGGGGGAUGUCAGAGAUAAGUUUUUCACACAGAGAGUGGUGGGUUCAUGGAAUGCACUACUGGUAGCAGUGGUGGAAGCAGAUACAACAGGGUAUUUUAAGAGCCUCUUAGAUAGGUACAUGGAGCUUAGGAAAAUAGAGGGCUAUGUGCUGGGGAAAAGCUAGGCAGUUUCUAGAGUAAGUUACAUGGUUAGCAUGACAUUGUGGGCUGAAGGGCCAGCAAUGUGCUAUAGAUUUCUAUGUUCCUCGCUUAUGGGGAUUUUGUCCAGGUUCUCCAUUUUCCUUCAUACAUAUAUUGGUAAGUUAUGACUUGCCCCUCAAGUUUAGGUAAGUGGUAGGUUAUUAGGGAGAGGGGGAAGUAUAGAGUGAACGUUACAUGGAGAAUUUGUGGGAGGGGUGAAGUGGUGUCUGUUAUGUACUUUUUAUUUUUACUUAGGGAUACAGUACAGGGACAGGCCCUUCUGGCCCAUGAACCCUUGCCACCAUGUGACCAAUUGACUUACCAACCCAUGCGUCUUUGGACUGUGUGAGUAAAGCGAGAGAACCCAGAGGAAACCCACAUGAUCACGGGGAGAAUGUAUAAACUCCUUCCAGACAGCAGCGGGAAUUGAACCCCGGUCGCUAGCAUUAUGCUGACUGCCAUGCUGCUGUGCGGCCAUGCAGAAACAUCAAUCACGUCACACUAAUUCCUUCCAGCUUUCCUCAGAACAAAAGAAAGAGAUGCGCGAAUAUCAGAUGAAAUCCAGGAACCUCAGUAAAACCUCAAACGAAAAACUGCCUGAGACGCAAAGAAGUACACUGAUACACAACGUGCAUGCACCAUCCAACGGAGAAGCAUGCAAGCUGGUUUGUAGUUUGCCGGUGAGGCCUCUUUGUUUGUUAUUUAAAUCGACUAGGUAGAAGGUAUGUUUAACAAAGUCUGUGAAUACUGAAUUCAUUGAAGGCACUGCAGAUGCCUGUACUCACUAAUGUUAGCAUGGGCAAAGCAGUAUUGAUGGAUAUGACCUUGCCACUCCAGAGAUGGAAGGUUUAUUGCAUGAGGGCAUACCGAGUGAGUUAGGCCUCUGCUUUCUGAAGUUAGAAGAGCAAGAAGCAAUCUCACUGAACAUAAAUGGUGUGCUGUAUGCCAUAUUUAUCUAUGGAUUUGCCAUUAUCUGUAAACUUUGCUCAUUUUCCCUUCCAGGAAGCAUGCAAGACCUGUUUGAAACAUUUCUUAUAAUUUGUUUUAGAUGGAAUGCUUUUAUUCUCUCCCAGGGUAGAGACCCUUUCGCACUUGAUGCACCAUCAAUAACUCACCGAGACGUGAGGCGAGAUAUAGGCUUUUAUUGGCUGGAAGAAAGAACAAGCAGCGAUUGACCACCACACUACAUCCUAGAGAAUAAGGGCAGGGCACAGGCUCCAAUCGCCUUUAUACCGGGGUCUGUGGGAGGAGCCACAGGAGCAAUCAGCAGGGGUCGUGUCCAGACAGGUAUAUGUAGUUCACCACAGCACUGUACAUGCCUGGCCAUGGAGGAGCACUCCUCCAGCUCUGAGCUAUGACUGAGCCUAGUUAAUAGUUUUGUUUUAGUCACACAAAGAGUGAAAAAUUGAUGAAAUUUGGGGACAUUAUUCAUUUCCAUGCCUGUUGGUAUGCAUGCAUAGUUUGUCUGUCUGUAUUUACUUAUCUGUUAAUCUAUUGCACAGACUUCUUUUGCACAUCGUUUGUUUAUCGGACUUUGUGUGUAGUUGUUCAUGGAUUCUGUUGUGUUUCUCCGUUCUGUUGUGAAUGCCUGCAAGAAAACAAAUCUCAAAUAGUAUAUUAUGACAUAUAUGAAUUUAUUUAGACUUGACCUGAAUAACUGAGCCUAACUUUGCCCAGGUCACUGAUGAGAUUGGAGAAGCAUGCUCAACAAACGUUGAGAGAGAUCCUGUAAAAAUGACCUCUGACCUGAUUAAAAUAAAGUCGGGUAUUUCAAAAUACCACGCUGGAUCUUCCUGCUUGGAUCAACUGGCGAGGAAGAGUCCAAGGGUCAGCAGGAGCAAAAGUAAUGAACCUGAAUCAGGUGGCUUUCAAAGGAUAGCUGAUCAUGCUCUUCGAACUGUCACCGUACGUAAAACAAAAAGGGCAAAACAUAAAGCAACCAGUUCAAAAGAAGCACAUGUAUGUCAGGUUCAGAGCGAUGACUCUGAAGUAACACCCAGGGACAAUGAAACUAGUGGUGCUAACUUGGAUCUCUUCCAUCUUGCUGCUAAGGAGAUCAGCCUGAAUGGGGAUUCACCUUCGGAAACAAUUGCACCCAGCCUGCAGAGCUUAUUGAAAAAAUCAAGGGAGUAUCGAGAUAAGCAGAAACAACAAACACUGCAGAAGAGUUUACAUUUCAAAGGGGAAGCUGUAAAGCUUUCUGAUAAGGAAGUUAUUUUAUGUGCAAGUGAAGUUUGCAAAAAUACCAGGGAAAGAAGUACUGACUUAGGAAACGUUAUGUCGCAGAACACCUUAUUAAACCCUGAUCCAUCUCUGUCAUCUGCUUCCUCUUUGCCUUUUAAUCCUGUUUCCAAACACAAUUAUAUUUCAGCAGCCAGGAAUGUGAGCCCUGCAAAAACGGCUGAAUUGUUGUCCUACUGUGAUAGCCUAUCCGAGGAGAAUAAAACCGACACAAGAAAUGAUGUUGAUCUAAUUAGUAAACUUAAAGUUUAUUGCUUUAAUAAAGAACAGCCUAAAGGAAAGAAUACAAGUUCCUGCUCCAAGAGAAUUCCAGUCUGUUCCGACUCUGGAGGUCAAGUAUCCCAGUGUCAGAAGGGAAGGAAGCAGGUGAACAGCUCACUAAAAAGCCAAAAUAGAGGUUUCAUGGUACCCAACAUAGCUCUGAGUGGAAGUCCAGUAUUGUCAAGAAAGUGGACCCGUUCUUCACAGAAGCUGCUUGUAAAUGUCCCACUCGAUAUGGGCAGUGAAAUAAUUGAAUAGAAGGUCGGAUUUGUCCAAAGAUCGACCACAAACCAACCAAUCUCAGUGACUGUACAUCACUGAACUGGAAGUGAACUUGGAUAGUCUGAAAACUUCGAUAACAGGUUUGGAAACUCCAUUAUCUUCAUCCCGCAACGUGACAGUGAAUGAGCAGUCACUGAAUGGUGAGGCAACUGCUUUGUGGACAAACCGGGAAUCUUUCGACAUCAAGUGCACACAGAAGAAAUGUGGAAUUUCUGACAGUAGCUGGACUAAUUUGGAAUAACGAUGCUGAUUUGUGUUCCCACCAAGUGAAGAUUCAACCCCACAAUCUGUUAAUAGUGCACUGGCUACAUUUCAGUCCAAUGCAGGAUUUACAAAAAACAUACUACAACAGUUAUUUGUACAAAAUUCUCCCAGUGUGUCAGCCCUUCAGAUGGGAAACCUAAGGCUUACUUUUUCUAGAAGAGUAAGGAAUCUAUCAACUAAUAAAUUCUCAAGUGUGGAUUUAAACAUUUUUGGACACAAAAUUUUAAGUUAAUUCAGGAGACGGAUAAUACAAAACACAAGGACUCUCCAGAAGCUGGACCAAUUAUAUUAGAUCACAGAGUCAAGUGAAAAUUAAUGAUGGACAGUGCCAGUAAUGACAGGAACAGAAUUCCACUGCUCUGAUGAGAUGCUCUAAAAUAUUGUGGCGAGCAUUCGGUCCGUGAUGACAGAUGAGAAAAGCUCGUUUAACUCGACAGACGUUUUUAUUGCGACAAGCACAAAAACAGACCGAGGGGGAACGUAGUCACAUACAGAUGGGGGAGGUGAUUAUUACACAGUCCAGUUACAGUCAGAGUGACCCACAACCACACAAGCAAAUAACUGUAUAACCCAAGCUAAAAUGUAACAAGCAAACUGGAACAUCCCACCAUAAACCCACAAAAGCAUUUAAAAUCAAGAACAAUAUAGCGCUGGCCACUAGGAACGCUGGUGCGUGUUGUCAACCACCCCCAGAGUGCCACAACAUCAUUACCUUUAUGUAACUGGGAUAUUUAUGUAUCUCUAAGAUAAAAGAACUUUAGUUACAUGAUACUGGAGAAAAGUUAUUGACAUAGAAACAAUUUUGAUAGAAUAGGAAAAAAGUGACCUCACAUUCUUUUGUAUUUAGUAUCUUUCUCAGAUGUUUAAUAAUGCAUAUUGUAUUUUUAAUUUAUCAUUGGGCUAAUAAAUGAU